AUGCGUGCCCCCCUCGUGCAGGACCUGCGCGCUGGCGUGGCCGCUGGCGGUGGCAGCCCAGGAGACCGGGACUCGGCCCUGGCGUGCGCUGGGCCCUGGGGCGGCCUCCGGCGCGGGCUGCAGCUGGCCGUCGGCUCCGCGGGCGUGGCCGGGGGCGGCGGCGACGACCUGCAGCAGGCCAAGACCGCGGCUGUCGUAGAGGUCGCCGACUCUUUCCUGCGAGAGGCGGCCAGCGAGGGUGUACCCUUGGAGGAGGCCGACGUGGCGGCGUUAAACGAGGCCGGCGGGCGGGCGUGCCUCCUGGGGCGCGUGUCGUUGCGGCUGGCGACCCUGCUGCGGGACGCGGGCUCCCUCUCUGCGCCGGGGUCGUCGGACCUGCUCUUCGGCGACUGGCACGCCCUCGCAGAACUUGGCUGGGGCGCCGUCAUCCGCUCGGGCUGGCCUGUUCUCCAGCUGCUGCGAGAUCUCCAGGGCGGACUCGCGCGAGCCAGCGGUGAACCUGCAAACGGCGAGACGCGUGCGGCCGUGGUGUGCUCAGCCUGGGCUGAGGACCCCUACGCGGUCGCGUUGGCAGACUGGCCGGACCGCCAGGGGCCUGCUGGCUUGGCCGCUCGGAGUCUCGAGUACUUGGCAACGACCGGGGCGGAGGCCUGCCCCCUCACAGUUGCGGCCGCGAUAGUGUCGAUCUCCCUGCAGCGCUUGCCAGUCUUUGACGCAGAGUCCGAUGCGUUGCUGAAGGUGGCGUCGCGGCAGGUUGACUUUGAAGAUAUGUUCUUCAUCAUCAUGGCAUCGGCACACCCAUUAUUGCGUAUUAUGUCACGGGUGGCUGCAGCUUUCCAGUUGUCCUUCGGUGUUGAACAAUCGGCAAUUCUCUCAGAACAUGUUGACGACGAUUGCAUCGUGCGGAUAUCACGAACUCCACGUGGACAAUGCAAUCCAUUUGCACCCAUCCAGCGGGAUCUUCAAGUUUGGUCUGCAAGAGGCAUACACUUGGAGGAUGUAACGCGAGCAUUUCAGCCUGUCGCCGACCAAAAGACAAUUUUGUUUCGCCUAAUCGACGACGAGCUAAUCCUAAUCAUUCCUCAACAUUCGCACCUCGAGGCAGAAUUUGGAGCUACUGAGCCAACAUGCCUAGCGGGUGCCAUCCUCUCGCUGCUCUCUAAGGUGAACUUGGCCAACUUCGAUUUGGUUUUGAAUCAUGGGGACUUGCCUGUUCUGAGGAAGUAUGCAGAUCACCCACCGUUUUACGGACCGACUGACAAGGACUCACGUAUUCCAGCACCUUUAUUCAGUAUUUGCGCCUCGGAUGACUUCUGGGACAUCCUGUUCCCGAACGUGUGCCGCCCAGCUCUCGUCAACAUGUCCGCCAUGCCAUCGGUGCCCUGGGAGCAGAAGGCAAGAGAGGGUUUUUGGAGAGGCACGGACAGGGGCGCUGUCAACUGGGCCGUGGAGCUCCGGGAUAUCGGCGGAUUGACAUGCAGGGGCAGCCCGAGCGGCGCUUGGGGCCACGGGUAG